AUGGACCCAUUAACACCGUAUUGCCGCGAGCUGGCCUCGCCAGGCAUAAUUCAAACUGUGCUCUCCAUCCUGAUCGUGUUCGGCAUCCUCUUCUCAUACCUCCCCCAACACAUCCGCAUCAUCUCUCGACGAAGCUCCUUCGGUAUCUCUCCAUACUUUAUCCUACUAGGUGUAACAUCAGGCACAUCAGCCUUCACCAAUAUUCUGGUCUUCCCAUCCACCGCGCAAGAUGUCGCCUGCUGCAAGGAGAUCAGCGGGUUCGCAUGCUUCGCAGGCCUGCUGGGUAUAUUGCAAAUGGGCAUGCAGUGGCUAUGUUUCUUCUCUAUUCUUUUGCUCUUCGUGAUCUACUUCCCCCGCGCUACUUCCCCCACAGACCCAGUAAGCACGGCGUCUUCCUCCGACGGACCGACAUAUCGCACCGCGCUCGUUGUGACUGGAAUUUGCCUGCUACAUGCGCUUGUCACGGUCGCUCUCUCCUUGGCAUUCGAGCUGCGUCAGCCAGAUGCUGUCCCGGCCUGGGCGAACUUCCUGGGUGUGCUGGCUGCUGUCUUGGCAUCUAUUCAGUACUUCCCACAGAUCUACACUACUUUCCGGCUGCGAUGCGUCGGGAGCUUGAGUAUCCCGAUGAUGUGCAUCCAGACACCGGGGAGUCUUGUCUGGGCUGCCAGUUUGGCUGUUCGCAAGGGUUGGAGUGGUUGGAGCAUUUGGGGCGUGCUGGUCGUUACAGCCUGCUUACAGGGUACCUUGUUGAUGAUGGCGAUCUACUUUGAGUACUUCGGGCCCAACAAGCGUGAGGCCGGGGAGCCUGCUGUUGCGAAUGGUGCGCCCAAUGGGUUGGCUGAUGCUGAAGACGCUCAGCAAGAGCCUGCACAUGAACGAUCUACAGAGGAGACGCCGCUGCUCCAGAGUCAGUGA